AUGCAGAGUUCUUGUGUCUACAGAGAAUGCAUGCGCAACCACGCCGCGAAGCUAGGCUCCUACGCCAUCGAUGGCUGCCGUGAAUACUCUCGACCGACCACCGGCGAUCUCUGCGCCGCCUGUGGCUGCCACCGCAGCUACCACCGUCGCGUCGACGUCGCAUCUUCUGCUCAAAUCACUCACGCGCGGCUCCCAUUCUCGAGCUUGAGGCGCGUGAAGCAGCUCGCGAGGCUGAAAUGGAAAGCGUCGGAGGAAAGAGAAGAUAACGAGGAGGAGGAGGACACGGAGGAGACUUCGGAUGAGAAGAUGACGGUGAAGAGGAGGAGGAAGUCGAAGUUCACGGAGGAGCAAAGGGAGGCGAUGAGGGAUUACGCGGUGAAGCUGGGAUGGACGUUGAAGGAUAAGAGAGCGAUUAGAGAAGAGAUAAGAGUCUUCUGCGAUGGGAUUGGUGUUUCUCGUUUUCAUUUUAAAACUUGGGUUAACAAUAACAAAAAGUUUUAUCACUAA